AUGAAACCUGAAGCCCUGCUAACAAUGAGACCGUUGUCCCCUCGUUUUGCUUCAUUGGAGAAAUCCCUGACAGACAGCAAAGGACAUUCCAACGACUCAUCAAAGAAUGGAGGGGAGGUGAGAUUGUCUCCAAGGAUACUUGAACGUAAAGACGAGUCCAUUGCAGUUGAUUACUUAGCUUUGCCAGAGCCCCUAUCGCACCGGCUUUCACCUGUCCCUGAUUUUAGUGAAGUUGCUUUGGGGUUUGAUUUUGAUAACUUGGACGGGGACAGAAUGAGCUUGUCUUUAGAAAAAACACCGGAUAGUGACUCAAUCAGCAUAGCAACAAGACCCUUGCUGGAAGAAUUACAAGAAGCCGGGUUCAGUGGAAAUACCACAAAUGGGUAUUUCGGUACAUUGAACGAUAUUGGAGAAUCUAGUGAACUGACCAGAGGUCGGCAGACGGAGAAAGAGGAGGCUAAGAAGAAGACCGCCAAAGGCAAGCAAGGACAGCUGAGGCAGACGUCACCGAGUCGCAUUCCGAGAUUGACGAUCAAAGGGGCAGGUGGCAGUGCGGAGAAAAAUAAAGGCGAUGUUAGUCAUAAAAGCGAAUCACAAAAUACAGUUUCUGAUUUAGAAAGUUUAAAGACAGUUAAAAAUUAUGAUGAAAUUAAAGCCACAGAAAAACGCGGAAGAGAAGGUGUUACGACACUAACUGACACCUCGGUUAAAGACCUUCAGCAAACGCAGGGCUCAAACAUGGAGAGAAAGUUGCUUUCAACAUUGCCAAAAAAGUUAAGGGAAGAAGCUGUGUUAAGGACACUUGCCUCAAAUUUGAAACUGGCAUCAGCCACAUCCAAGUCUGUUUUGGCCAGAAAACAAACGCUAGAAGGCAGGCAAUCUGUUGAUAGCGGACGAGAAAGUGUCGGCGAGGAGGAAAAUAGACCGAGACUCUACAGGUUUGAUUCAAAUUCAUCGGUGUCGAGUGUUGGCAGUGCGAGGAGUGCUACACGAACAGGAAAUGGAACUAUCAAGCCUUGGUCCGUCGUAAUGGCUGCUGAAAAUAUCAAGAAACGAAGGGAUGGUGCUGCCAGAAAGAGAACGAACGAUGAACUGGACACCUUGAAAAAGAAGGCAGAGCAGUCCCAGGCCAAGUCAAACAGCCUCGAAGCCGAGCUUGAGCCAUUGCGGGAAAAACUAAGAAGAUACGAAGGAAUUAUUGAAAGUCUGGAGGACAAAAUCGAAGAGAGUAAACAAGAGAUGUUAGUGAAGGAGCGUGACCAGUUAGCAAAAAUUGAUCGGUUGGAGAGAGCACAUAGUAAAGAGCUACAAAAUGAACGUUAUACGAGGGAGGAAAUCGAGAGUGACUUAAAAGACAAAGUGAAACAAUUUGAGUCAGAGGUGAAAUUUUACAAGAAGCAAGUCGAUGAGCUCGAGGACAAUUUGGCUAUGCUGAAAGAAGGGUCCGAAGUGGAUGAAGAUAAUAGCCCUGCCGCAAAACAGCUGUCAAGUCUGCGGAAAGAGCUCGUACAAGUCAGGGAGGUUCUAGCCACAAGUGAGAAAGAAAGAUUAAAUGAAAGAAAAGAAAAACUAUCUGCGUUGCAGAACAUGAUAAAACUAACGAAGUCCAAAUCAGAUGUCGAAGAGGAACUAGACGAGCGAAAGAAAGCCGAUACGAAGGAGAAUAGCGACAAGUAUAUGCAACUUAGCGGGAAAUUAGCUGUCUCCGAGAUGAAGUUGCAGAAAUUGCGAAAAGAUACGUCAACAGAGAUCGAGCAGUUGCAGAAGAAACAUCUCGAGGAAGUCAGAACUCAGAACGUAAGGCAGCUUUUUGUUGCUGAUUUCUCUGCUUUAGAAUUGUAA